GGCGCUGAGAGAUAUGGGGUCUCCGUCGACGGGCGAAACGACGCGGAUCGCGGCGAGGUUGUCCAUGAUUGAUUCUUUAAGGGGGUGCGGGCUGUCGGGGAUCCAGAUUGACAAGGCCGAGCUCCGGAGGAGGCUCCUGAUGCCGCAGUACCUCCGCCUUGCCGUUCGCGACUCCGUCCAGUCCAAGGACCCGACUGCCGGCAUGACCUGGAUGCACGACCGUGGCGGCGACGAGGAAAACCUUGAGCCACCCGAGGCCCCGAUGAUCGUCUUCAUCAACCCGCGCAGCGGUGGGCGUAACGGCCCCAUGCUUAAGGAGAGGCUCCAGCAAUUGAUUGCCGAAGAACAGGUUUUUGACCUGGCAGAUGUGAAGCCUUUUGAGUUUGUCCAAUAUGGGUUGAAAUGCCUAGAGAUGCUUGCUGAUCUUGGCGACUCUUGUGCCAAAGAGACUCGUGAAAAGAUGAGGGUUAUGGUUGCUGGAGGUGAUGGUACAGUUGGUUGGGUGCUGGGAAGCCUUGGAGAACUUAGGAAACAGGGUAGGGAGCCAUUUCCUCCUGUAGGAAUCAUUCCACUUGGUACUGGAAAUGACCUAUCUAGGAGUUUUGGUUGGGGUGGUUCAUUUCCAUUUGCAUGGAAAUCAGCUGUCAAAAGAUCACUCCACAAAGCUAUUACAGGUCCUAUCUGCCGUUUGGAUAGUUGGCAUAUUCUGCUGUCAAUGCCAGUCGGUGAAGUUGCUGAUCCACCUCACUCCCUGAAGCUUACAGAAGAGUGUGCUCUUGAUGAGGGUUUGGAAGUCGAGGGGGAGUUGCCUGAUAAAGCGACUUGCUAUGAAGGAGUGUUUUACAAUUACUUUAGCAUUGGAAUGGAUGCUCAAAUUGCUUAUGGCUUCCACCAUUUACGCAAUGAAAAACCUUAUCUUGCACAAGGUCCAAUUACAAACAAGCUUAUCUACUCUGGUUACGGUUGCACUCAAGGUUGGUUCUUCACACCUUGCGCGAGCAGUCCGAGUUUAAGGGGCCUAAGGAACAUUUUAAGGAUACAUGUCAAAAAGGUCAAUUGCUCAGAAUGGGAGGAGAUUCCAGUUCCUUCAAGUGUAAGGGCAAUAGUCGCUUUAAAUCUUCAUAACUACGGAAGUGGAAGAAAUCCAUGGGGAAAUUUGAAGCCAGAGUAUUUGGAAAAGAGAGGCUUUGUUGAGGCCCAUCCUGAUGAUGGUCUACUAGAAAUAUUUGGUCUAAAGCAAGGAUGGCAUGCAUCAUUUGUCAUGGUUGAACUCAUCUCUGCCAAACACAUCGCACAGGCUGCAGCAAUUCGAUUGGAAUUUAGAGGUGGGGAGUGGAAAAAUGGAUAUAUGCAGAUGGAUGGGGAGCCAUGGAAACAGCCAAUGAGCAAGGACUACUCAACAUUUGUGAAAAUUAAGAGGAUCCCUUUUCAAUCACUUGUGAUAGGUGGAGAGUGAUAUCAAUUACUUGCCUUCCAUUUGGGAAUGGUGCUUGUAAAUCUUCCCUGAGGUCUUGUAAAUUUUAAUUAUGUGCCUCACUUAACAGUGUAUCUGUUGUUGUAACAAUUCCAUUGUUAGUGAAAAUCUAAACUAUCACCUUUCCUUUUUGGAUGUCAUACACAAUUUAGAGUGCUACCAGCUACAGGGAUUCUUCUGGGUUAAUAAUCUUAUGUAUUUUGUAAUGAUCUCAUGUAUAGAACAUGCUAAUUAAUUGAAAUAAAUGGGCACACUGCUUGAA